AUGUCUACUACUGUCCUGAAAGAUGGAGAAGUCCAGGAGCAGCAGGUCUCGCACAUCGAAGCUUCUGGUGACGUCGAUGCCAUAGGGAAAGCUACAGCUGCAGAAAGCGACCGUCGCCCCGAAGCUCAAGGAAAGGACCAAACUGAGUUGCCAAAAGGAUAUUUCUACAGUCCAUACUUUAUCGGCAGCUACUGUGCCAUAGGACUCGCGUUUGCCUGUGGAACAGGUGGUUUUGCCUUGGUGGCGCCAAUAUUAAGUGAGAUCAGUCGUGAUCUUGGGGCGUAUGGAUCCAGCAAUGUCAACUGGGUGGGCAUUGUGUAUUCGCUGGCUCAGGCCGUUGUCCUCAUGCUUGCAGGCCGAUUGAGCGACAUUUUUGGUCGGCGCUGGUUUUUCAUUAUCGGGUCCUCCAUCGGAUUGAUUGGGAGUAUUGUUGCUGGUACAUCCACUUCACUCGAACAACUCAUUGCAGGAGAAACUUUGAUCGGAAUCGCGGCUGGAUUUCAAUGUUCCUUCUUCUGGGUUGUUGCUGAGAUUGUGCCUAUGAAGAGGCGGUUUAUAGCCAAUGCUGGUCUAUUUCUCUUCACUCUACCAACAAACAAUACUUCAGUGAAAUGGCGUGGGUGCUUUUACUACUUGACAGCGCUGAACACGGUGUCGGUGUUGCUAUGGUUUCUCUUCUACCAUCCGCCCACAUUUAAUAUGCUGCACCGAACCAAACGGGCAAAACAGUUGAUUCUGGGUUUCGACUUCGUUGGCCUCCUACUUUUCUCGGCUGGGAUGAUUCUUCUACUAAUGGGUCUGAACUGGGGGGGUUCCUUAUAUCCCUGGAAGAGUGGAUAUGUUCUCGGAACAUUGCUGUCUGGUUUCGUCACUCUCGUCGUUUGCGUGGUUUAUGAGCUUCGGAUGUCGCUAGAAGAGCCAUAUCUGCCACUAGAGCUAUUCAAAAAUAUCAAGUAUACCUCAUGUGUAAUCUGGUGCUCGAUUGAAGCAAUGACGUUUUAUGCAUUUGGUCUUAUUUGGCCAAAUGCGGUCCCCAUUUUGUAUCCGAAUCUCGAUCCAGAUAGCCGCGCAACAAUAUCCGGUCUGGUCACCAUGUCCUUUGUCCUAGGCCAAAUGACAGGCCCGUUUUUUGCGAACUGGCUACCCGCAAAGCCAUUGGUCAUCAUAGGAUCGUUUAUUGGAACUGGCUUGUUGGCGGCGGUCGCAGCGAACCCGUUGAACCUAGACCUUACUCUAGGCCUACUUGUCACGGGAAAUCUGAUCAUCGGCAUGGCUGAUGGGAUUGGAUUGCCUAUGACAACUUUCCCAAUCAAAAACCAGGAGCGCUUGGGAACUGCUGGCGGGCUUAGUGGAUGCAUUCGUCUAGCAGGGACGUCGAUUGCGGUCGCCAUGUACAGCACCAUACUAAGUAAUCGACUCAGUCAAACGAUUCCAGCUGCCAUUGAGACAGCUGCGUUGUCUACUGGCAUUUCGGAAUCGGCAGUGCCGGAACUAAUCACGGCGCUGAAGGAUGGUCGUUCUCUGUACAAUGUCACGGUCAAAGGACUGACUGCUAGUGCGAUUCCUUUGAUCGAGCAAGCAUAUCGGACGGGUAAUGCACGGGCUUAUAGUACUGUGUUUCUUUCCACUUUGGGCUUUGGAGGGGUCGCGCUCGUUUUGAGCUUCUUCAUUGGAGGCGUGGAUGAAAGUGACGGAGAAUAUGUAGCGGCAAUGAUUCAAAAUACGAAUGAAAGUGCACUGGUAAAGGUAAGUGAGAAAGAUCAGCAUGAGGUCUAG